ACUUCCAGUGGAAACCAACAGGAUGGAUGUCAGAAAGCGACCGGGAAUGAGGGACACCAUGCUGGCUCUGCUCCUUGCCGUCCUGCAGGGUCUUCCCAUCGGUGAAGCAGCCCCGAACCCCUCACCGCUGCUUGGAUCCAACUGGGGGAACCCCAGGAGAUACGUCCACCUUCAGACCUCCACGGACUUCAACACCUUCUACCUGGAGAUCAGACUGGACGGCACUGUGUGCAGAGCCACAGCCAGAACAUCUUACAGUGUAAUUCUUCUAAAAGCUGAAACACGGGAGCGAAUGGCCAUCUUCGGCGUCAAAAGCAACCGCUACUUGUGCAUGGAUUUGGAGGGCAACCCUUUCACCUCGCCUGUGUGUCUGAGGGAGGAAUGUCUGUUCAACCACAAGCUUCUGGAGAAUAACCGGGACGUGUACUACUCCACCCGGACCGGCAUCCUGUUCAACUUGGAAGGCUCCCGGCAGGUGUACUCAAUGGGUCAGAAUCUGCCGCAGACCGCCCUCUUCCUACCCAAGAAAAACACAGUGCCGCUGGAGCGCCUCUUGCUGCACAGAGAAAAGAGGAACCGAGUGGUUGACCCCUCAGACCCACACAAUGUCCUCCUCGGGCAGGCAGAGGAGGGCUCAGACUCCCAGGCUGUGCGAGAGGAUGACGGCGAGCUGGAGGUGGAGAUCGAGGUCGGGGAUGACGGCAUCAACGUUUCCAGGGAGACGCUGCAACAGGCUCCGUCCAACCAAGACCCCUGGAACGUUCAGUCUUUCAGACAGACUGGUCCAAGGAACACCGGCUCCGUGGGCUGAGCUUAGAGGGACAAACUACUUCUAGCUUAGGCCAAACUGCUGGUGGAUCAUGUAGAAACGCAGCGUGUUGAUACAAUGAAAACGCAGCAUAUCACUUGAGCUAUCAAUUUUGCACAAUUUAUAUUGUAUUUAAUUAAUCUGUAACAUUUGCGAAGAUGGGAUAAUUAGAUAGAUUUUUUAACAUUUUAGUUUAGUUAGUUUAAAUGUAAUUUCAUUGUUAAAACACCAAAGGUAAACCAUAUUCCACAUAUUUACUUGGUAUCUUUUCCAAAAACAACAAAAUUCAGAAGAGAGAAUAUUUUCAAAUGUGUGUGAGAACUUUUUGGGUUUCUUCCCAGACUAACAAACCCACAAAGAUGUUUUUCCAAGGCAGAAACCCUAAUUUAUCCUACCUCUGGAGGACCAAAGUGUACAUAUAAAUACAUGUAGGCAAAGCUUCCAUUACAGUUAGGGUUUUAAUUCAAUGCUUUUCCAUUUCAGAUAUCGAAAAUGCGAAAAUACAGGUUGAAAAAUGUUUUUAAAAAGCUCUAAAUUUCAGCUCCAAUUAGUCUUCAUGUGAUAAUCAGGUGCUGGACACCACCAGCAAACACAAAGAACAAAAAAAUACCCCAAAGUGUAUUUAUUUAUUUAAAUCCUUUCCUUUAUUAUUUAUAGUAUUUAUAAGGAUGCUUUGCAGUAACCGUGUACAUACAAAAAAACAAAACAAUUAAAGGUGUACUUUGAAUGUAUGAGCUGGAGUUGUUUUGGAAGGAGAGUUGCUUGAAUUUGGGAUAAAAUAAAGCGAGAAAAGGAAACACUGUGUGUUACUUGGUG